AUGAUACCAACAUGGAGUCUUUUCCCAAUGACGCUUAGUUUCGGGAUCUGGAAUGUUAGGGGCUUUAAUCAGUCUCCUAAACAAAAAGAAAUAAAAAAGUUAAUUCAGUUGAAUAAUUUGAGUUUAUUAGCUGUUCUUGAGCCUCAAGCCAGUUUUGGUAAACUUGAAGAGAAGUGUGACAAAAUCUUUGGUUCUUGGAAGUGGAUUGCUAAUAAAGGUUCUUAUGGUACUACUUCUCGAAUAAUUCUUGGAUGGAAUCCCUGUUUUUUUAAUUUUAACUUGAUUGAUCACAAUGAUCAAGUUUUUCAUUUUAAAGUCAGUUUUCCAAACAACAAUAAACAUGUUUUCUGUUCCAUUGUUUACGCUGCCAAUAAGUAUAUUGAUAGAAGAGCUUUAUGGUCUUCUCUUGUGUUUCACAACAACUUCGUUGGUGAUGAUCCUUGGCUGGUUGGGGGUGAUUUUAAUGUCACCCUUAGUCUUAAUGAUAGCAUGGCUGGCUCUUCUAGAUAUACCAAAGGCAUGGUUGACUUCCUUGAUUGCAUUAAUUCUCUGGAAAUUCAAGAUAUCAAUAGUAAUGGAUUAAACUAUACUUGGAAUCAAAAACCGCAGGGCAGCAUUGGUAUUUUGAAAAAAUUGGAUCGAGUGAUGGUCAAUAGUAAGUUACUUGAUGAUUUUCCUUCGAUUUAUGCUUCUUUUCUGCCCUAUGGAAUUUCGGAUCAUAGCCCAAUGGUCAUCAAAAUCCCGAUUAGAAAUAAGUUUAAAGUGCUUCCUUUCAAAUUCCCUAAUGUCCUUGUUUUAAAUCCGGAGUUGAAAGUUUUGGUGGAAAAGCAUUGGAAUGUUGAAAUUCAAGGAAUCAAGAUGUUUUGUUUAUUGCAAAAGCUUAAAAAUCUCAAGAAGCCAAUUCGUAAAUUGCUAAAAAUUCAGGGGCAUUUUUCGGAAAAUGUUAAUCAUAUUCGAAAGGAGCUGGAAGCGGUCCAAGUUGAUCUGGAUUUGGAUCCUUUCAAUUCAAGUCUUCGUGAUUUAGAAGCCAUUUUUCUUGGUGAACUUAAAAAAGCUUAUGAGAAAGAAGAAAUUUUUUUGAAACAAAAAGCUAAAAUUCAUUGGCUAAAAGAGGGGGAUUGCAAUUCUAAGUUUUUUCACAGAAUUGUUAAAGGGAGAUCUCAUAAAAAUAGAAUUGAAGCUAUUAUGAAUUGUGAAGGGAAAUGGCUGGAAGGUGAAGAUGUCUACAAAGAAUUUAUGGAUUAUUUCAAAGAUUUUUUAGGUUCUGAUGUUACUUGUGGAGAGAUUAAUCAACCCAAUUCUUUGUUUUGUAAUAAACUUGAUCUUGCUGUUGCUGUUGAGAUGAUUAAGGUUGUGUCUGAUGAAGAAAUCAAAGCUGCCCUUUUUGAUAUUGAAGAUGAUAAAUCUCCUGGUCCUGAUGGUUACUCGGCUAAAUUUUUUAAAGCUAUGUGGUCUGUUAUAAGGAAGGAUUUUUGUCUCGCUGUUAAAGUAUUUUUUGCUAGUGGAAAAAUUCUCAAAGAAGUCAAUGCCACUGCCAUUGCUUUAGUCCCAAAAUCUGAUUCUCCUGGAAAAGUGAAUGAUUUUAGACCUAUUUCUUGCUGCUCGGUUAUUUAUAAAUGCAUUAGUAAGGCGAUUGUUGCUAGAAUAAGGAAUCACUUGGGAUCCAUUGUUGCUGAAAAUCAGUCUACUUUUAUUCCUGGAAGAUCGAUCACUGAUAAUAUUCUUCUUUCUCAAGAACUUGUUCGAGGAUAUCACAGAAACCGUGGGUUUUCUAGAUGUGCUCUUAAGGUGGACAUCCAAAAAGCUUAUGACACAGUUAGCUGGUCAUUUCUUCAAGAUAUUCUUUUCCUUUUUGGAUUUCAUCCAGCUAUGAUAAAGUGGAUCAUGCAAUGUGUGAGCUCCCCCUCGUAUAUGAUUAGCAUUAAUGGUUCCUUCCAUGGUUAUUUUGAAGGGAAGAGAGGUCUUAGACAGGGUUGUCCUUUAUCUCCCUAUCUUUUCACUUUGGUGAUGGAAACUUUUAAUUUGAUAAUUCAAAGAAGAAUAAAAAAUGAACCAUUGUUCAAGUACCAUUGGAGAUGUAAGAAACUAAAGCUCACUCACCUCUGUUUUGCGGAUGACUUGAUGAUUUUCAGUCAUGGUAAUGCUGCUUCGGUUAGGUUCAUCAAGGAGAGUCUUGAAGAAUUUGCUUUAGUGGCUGGCCUUCAUCCAAAUUUCUCAAAAAGCCAUAUUUUCUUUGGAAAUGUUAAAGCUAAUGUGAAGGGGAAAAUUCUUGAAACUCUUCCUUUUUUUGAAGGGAAGCUCCCUAUGCGAUACUUGGGAAUUCCUCUCAUUUCGACUAGAUUGUUCAUUCGUGACUGCAAAAGACUUGUUGAUAAAGUUCGAUGCAGAAUUGGGGACUGGAGAAAUAAAUUUCUAUCUUAUGCUGGUAGAUUGCAACUUAUUUCUUCAGUUCUUUUUUCUCUUCCUGUGUAUUGGGCUUCAUGUCUUCUUAUUCCGGCUGCUAUUACCAAGGAGAUAGAGAAAUUUAUGAAAAACUUUCUUUGGGAUUGUGAUGAGUCAAAAAAAGGGAGAGCCAAAAUUGCUUGGUCGUCUGUAUGCAAACCAGUGGAGUUUGGGGGUCUUGGUCUCAGAAAUCUUAGAGCUUGGAACAAAGCUGUUCUUUCUAAGAGAAUCUGGAUGAUUGUUUCCAACUUUGAUUCUUUAUGGGUGAGAUGGAUAAAUACUUAUGUUUUAAAAGGAAGAAGCUUUUGGGAUGUUGAAGAAAAACAAGAUUUGAGUUGGAGUUGGAGAAACUUGCUUAGAUUAAGACCUCAAUUUCGAAAUCAUUUCUUUACAAAAAUUGGGAAUGGUGCUAAUACGUUUAUGUGGUAUGAUGAUUGGCAUCAUCUUGGAGCUCUCUCUUCUGUACAUUCUCCAAGAGAGAUUGCUAGUGUUGGGUUCAAAAUUUCAGAUAAGGUCAAGGAUUUUAUUGUUGAUAAUUCUUGGUUUUGGCCUCCUGAUUGGAUUUCCCUUAUUCCUCAGCUAAGUAUCUAUCAAUUACCGGUUCUUGACCCUUUGGCUGCUGAUAGAGUCUUAUGGAGGAAAAGAGAUGGUCAAAUGGUUGAGUUUGACAUUCAUCAAGUUUGGAUUGAUCUUUGUAAUUGUGGUCAAAAGGUCCCUUGGGUUCAUCUUGUUUGGUUCAAACAACGUAUUUCUAGACACAGUUUCAUUUUAUGGCUUGCUAUACAGGAGAGACUCAUGACACAGGAUAGAAUGAGAUUCUGGGACAAAAAUAAAAAUCUCAAGUGUACUCUGUGUAAUUUACAAUCGGAUUCGCAUUCUCAUUUGUUCUUUGAAUGCCCGUAUUCCUCUUUGAUUUGGAAGGCUGUGAAAGAUAAAGUGGAGUUAAUAAGUGUCCCUCACGGAUGGAAAGAGAUUAUUGAAGACCUACAGGUUUCCCUUAAAGGAAAGAGCAUUCAUGCUUUUAUUAUGAGAAUUGCCUUUGCUGCCACGGUUUAUCAUGUUUGGAGGGAAAGGAAUUCUAGAUUAUUUCGCAGAGGCAAGAUUGAUGAGAAUAAAGUGAUUUUGUAUAUCUUUGAGGACAUUCGCCUUAAGCUCAUUGGUCUUAAAAGUGAUUUUGUGGGGUUUAAUAAUUCUGUUAAAAUGAAGUGGGGUAUCCCUGUUGGUGAGGAAAAUAUUGACUGUCUUGAUGAUUAA